AUGAAAGAAGACGAUUCUGCAAUUUAGUAAAACAAGAUUGAUGAAUUAAUCAAAGAGUAAAAAUACUCUGCACUCAUCUAAUUGAUUUCUAGGAAAGAUCCACAAAGACUUAAACAAUAUAGUUGCAUAAAAAUUAAGAAUUAAAUCUUCAGAUUGAAAUAGGAUGUUGCUGUCUGUGCCAAUAAUAACGAUAUUUACUACGGAAAGCUAAUUAAGAUCUACUGCAUUAAGGAUGUAAAUGAUUAGCAUGUUCCAGUAAUCUAAGUUCAAUGGUAUUACACCAAAUAGGAUUUAAAUUUGGAUAAAAAGUCAAUGAGGAGUAUUUCAAUUAAAGAAUUGUUCUUCUCAACUCAUGUGGAAUUUUUAGCUGCUAAUAAAUUAUAAUGUCCAAUAGAAGUGAUGACAUUUGAUCAGUAUACACAAUUAGAAUAUGGAGAAGAAACUAAAUUCUUCAGUAGAGCAGCCAUUGAUCUUAAAACAAUGGAACCUAUGCCUAGAGUCAGUGAAUGGCAAAAAUCAUGUGUUUGUAGAAUGCCUCAGAACCCAGACAUACAAGUGAUUCAAUGUGAAACAUGUGACGAAUGGUUUCAUUUAGACUGUGUUAAUCUUAAGUCAGAAGAAGCUGAAUAAAUUGAAAACUAUAAGUGUCCAGGUUGUUAAUGA